AUAAGCACAAGGCGUUAGGCAAAAUCAUCAGCAGUUAAAUUAUUUUAAUAUUUAAAAAUUAUUAUUUAAUUUUCAUAAUUAAAGUUUUUUAAACCAAACCAAUGAUGAAGGGUAUUUUGUCUGUGAUGAUAGUCUUAUACAUUAGCUAUCAAUGUAUGGCGGGUUCAGAUUGGGCUCAAUUUCGCGCCACUAUGAAGACCAGUGUGUGUCAGCCCGACAAAACAGACAACACGCUGAUGGGCAAAAUUGUGGAGUGCAGGAAAAAACAUGUCCUGACACAGGAGAAAGUGGUUGAGUGGGAGAAUAAGAUGAAGGAUACAUGGAAGGAGUGUGCAGAGGGUCGGGACAACGACUUGAGCGCUUACACCAAAGUGGACCUCAAGAAUGACACUAAUAAACGGCUUCUCUUUAUGUAUUGUAGCGAUGGUUACUCCACAUGUGUUGUCGACAAAAUCAAAAAGGCUAAAAAGGAGGGCGAGGAAGACUGUAAUAAAAAAAUGACCCAGGAGAAAAAGGAUGAAUUCCAGACAGUGAACUUCCGGUCGCGCCACACAUCACAUCGAGGAUUAGCUCUGAAGCCUAUCAUCAGUGGAAUCCGAGUAUUUUGUCAUCAAAGUGGAAACACCUCUUUGAAGACAUCAGAGAAGUCAUCAGUAAGAAGUUCUGUACAAGAAGUUCUCUACGAGAAGUUUUGUACGAGAAGUUCGGUGCAAGAAGUUUUGCACGAGAAGUUCAGUCUGAGAAGUUCUGUAAAGAACAUCUCAUUAUAUGGGAUUCAAUUUUUUCACGUCUUCUUUAUCUACCGAAUCGAUCGGUCGACUACUUUAGGGAUGCUUUUCGUCGUAUGGGUCGCACAUAUUUUCGUCCCGUUGGCUGUCGGCGGCUAUCAGUUAUGGAGAUUAAGCAUUGACUACAGCGCCGGCGAUCAGUCCAUCAAUUUCUCUAAAGUGUUUUUCGUGUUAAUCAGUGUGAAAAAUGUGGAAAAUGUUGACAAACAAUUAUCAACAAACAGUAGGCUAUUCUUCGAGAUCAAGAGCAAAGUGUUGGCAUUGGACCGGACCCUAUCGUUUGUGACAGUAGUAGACAUAUCAGUGGCUAUAUUAGUAAUUAUGGUACAGAUCUACUCAUUGGCCCAAAACCAUCCCCUAUUGAAACAAUACGGCACACUAUUUAUGUUCAGCACCGCAUCGGAAAUCACAAAACUGGUGAUCAAUUGUAUGGCCAACGGUCUGUUGCACACCAAGAGUGACGAUAUCAUGGCUUUACUCGAUAACGUGGACCCAAAUCGUGUCGAUGAGCACCAGUUUCGGGAACUCUUGACUUUCAAGACAAUGGCCCGAGAGGUCAGAUUCGGGUUCACUAUUGGAGGCUUUGCGCCCCUCAAGAAGAAUACCUUAUUAACG